GAGGAGAGGUGAACAAGAGGCAUCGGAUUUUAUUUCAUUUUUUUUCUCCAAAUUUGUCUUCUUUCACUCUCAUGACUCAAAGAGGAUUCCUGGUGAAUUCACCCGCUCGGGAGGAAUUGAUGGUGUCUUUUUGGGGAGCCGAGGGGAGGAAUCUGAAUGCGCUCGGCUGAACCAUGCCAGCCUUGUGGAUCAUAACUUUGGCGAUCACUUUGAACCAAGUGUGCUGCGUUCGUUUCUCCCAGGAGCCGGCGGACCAGUCGGUGGUACUGGGAGAACGGGUGGUGCUGUCCUGCGUGGUCUUCAACUACAGCGGCAUCGUCCAGUGGACCAAGGACGGCCUGGCCCUCGGCAUCGGAGAGGGUCUCCGAGCCUGGCCCAGGUAUCGUGUGCUGCGCGCUCUGGACAUCGGCCAGUACAAUCUGGAGAUCUCCCACGCCGAGCUCUCGGAUGAUUCUCUGUACGAGUGUCAGGCCACCGAGGCCGCCCUGCGCUCCAGGAGGGCCAAGCUCAAUGUGCUCAUCCCCCCCGAGGACCCGGUGGUGGAGGGAACCCCGGAGCUCCUGCUGAUGGCCGGGACUCCGUACAACCUGACCUGCGUGACCCGCGGGGCGAAGCCUGCAGCUCACAUCCAGUGGACCAAGGAUGGAGUGGCCGUGGAGGGAGCCUACCAGUCCACGGAAGUGCUGCCGGACAGGAAACGGGUGACGACGAGGAGCUACCUGCCCAUCACUCCGGUCGACACCGACAGCGGCAGCAACUUCACCUGUGUGGCCAGCAACCCGGCGGUGCCGAUGGGCAAAAGAGCCACCGUCCAUCUCAACGUCCACCACCCUCCCACGGUGACCCUGUCCAUCGAGCCUCGCUCCGUCCUGGAGGGCGAGAGGGUCACCUUCACCUGCCAGGCCACCGCCAACCCUCCCAUCAUGGGCUACAGGUGGGCUAAAGGUGGCAUUCUGCUGGAGGGAGCCAGAGAAAGUGUGUUCGUCACCACGGCCGAUCACUCCUUCUUCACCGAGCCCGUGUCCUGUCAGGUGUUCAACGCCGUGGGAAACACCAACGUCAGCAUCCUCGUGGACGUGCACUUCGGCCCAAUCCUGGUGGUGGAGCCCCGGCCGGUCACCGUGGACGUGGACUCCGACGUCACUCUGAACUGCAAGUGGUCUGGAAACCCUCCCCUCACCCUCACCUGGACCAAAAAGGGCUCCAGCAUGGUGCUCAGCAACAACAACCAGCUGUACCUGAAGUCGGUGAGUCAGGCUGAUGCCGGCCAGUACGUCUGCAAGGCCAUCGUGCCGCGGAUCGGAGUUGGAGAAACCGAGGUCACGCUGACUGUCAACGGCCCACCCAUCAUCUCCAGUGAUCCGGUUCAGUACGCCGUCAGAGGGGAGAGAGGAGAGAUCAAGUGCUACAUCGCCAGCACCCCCCCACCCGAUAAGAUUGUAAGUCCGUCCUUGGAAGUUGUAAUCUGCCGCAGAGGUGCUCGACCUCUUCAGAUUGCAUCUGCCUCAGACAGAAUCCUCAUCACAGCUCCGCGUCCUCGCCGAAAAACUAAAUGAUUUUUUUUUUUUUUUUACUUUCUGUGGCUAAAAGACUGGCUCAGGCGACACUGUUUUCCGGCUGUGUCACGCAUUGGUGGGAACAAUCUGUUCCUGCUCUGUAGUGGAAGGUGUGACUCAUCAAAAGCAGCUGCCGUAGUGUUUGUGUGGAAACAAAGAGGAGACGCACAGGACUGCACACGGGGAGAUGUUGAGGUGCAGCAGAUAUGAUUACAGACGUCACAGAGCUCAGGCUUUACUUUUUACACAUGUUUAUUGGAGGAUUUCACAAUUAUUAAAUGUUUUUUUU